CUGACGUCACGGCCCUUCACGGAAGUAAGCGCUGGAGAUGGCGGCGGCCUCGUCAGCCUAGCAGCAGGAAGAGGAUGUUUGGAUAAUAUCACCGCAUUGUAAGCCUUUCUAACAGAGCAAAGCCCCACAGGGUGUUUCUGCGGAGCCUGCUGGGACUGAGACGGCGCAUUCCCUCACCUGGAGCCGGCCUCUGUGAGCCUGAAGCGGCCCGCAGGAGAAUAAAAUGUCCCUGUUCCAGUCGGCGCUGGAUUUCCUAGCCGGGCCCGGCUCGUCCGGGGCGGCCAGCCGGGACCAGAAUGACUUCGUCGGACAGGUCGUUGAGCUCGGUGACAUGAAACUGAGGAUCAAAAGGGUGAUCGCGGAAGGUGGAUUUGCCUUUGUGUAUGAAGCCCAGGACAUGAGCAGCGGUAAAGACUAUGCCCUCAAGAGGCUUCUGUCCAACGAGGAAGAAAAGAACAAGGAAAUCAUACAGGAAGUCUGCUUCAUGAAAAAGCUGUCGGGUCAUCCCAACAUGGUUCAGUUCUGCUCCGCUGCCUCCAUCAGUAAGGAGGAGUCAGACACCGGACAGGCCGAGUUCCUAAUCCUCACCGAGUUGUGUAAAGGUCAGCUGGUGGACUUUAUAAAGCGGGUAGAGCAGAGGGCUCCCCUGUCAUGUGACACUGUGCUGAAAAUCCUCUACCAAGCGUGCCGUGCCGUGCAGCACAUGCACAAACAGAAGCCUCCGAUCAUACACAGAGACCUCAAGAUUGAGAACCUCUUGAUUAGUAACCAGGGCACCAUCAAGCUGUGUGACUUUGGCAGCGCCACCACAGUGUCACAUUACCCUGACUACAGCUGGUCGGCACAGAAGAGGUCCAUGGUAGAGGAUGAGAUCACAAGGAACACCACUCCGGCGUACCGAACACCAGAGAUGAUCGAUCUCUACUCCAACUUCCCUAUCAAUGAAAAACAGGACAUCUGGGCCCUAGGAUGCAUCCUCUACCUGUUGUGUUUUAAGCAGCACCCAUUUGAGGAGGGGGCCAAGCUGCAGAUUGUCAACGGAAAAUACUCCAUCCCUCAGAACGAUGUCAAGUACACCGUGUACCACGACCUCAUACGUUCCAUGUUGAAGGUGAACCCAGAGGAGCGUCUGUCCAUUACAGAGUUAGUCAACCAGCUCCAGGAAAUAGCAGCAGCACGCAACGUCAACCCCAAAUCUCCCAUUACAGAGCUGCUGGAGCAGAACGGAGGUUUCGGCAACAACGGAGCCCAGCCGCCCAUGCAGAUCCACAACGUCCACAACAAUGCAGGUGUCUACGAUCCUGACCAAUCGGGAAGUGGCCUCUUCGAUAUCUUAAGGGGAGGAACAGAGCGCUUCCUGACCAACAUAAAGGACACUUCCUCUAAGGUCAUCCAGUCAGUAGCAAGCAACCCGAGCUAUGCCAAAGGGGACCUGGAUAUUUCAUACAUCACCUCCAGAAUAGCAGUCAUGUCCUUCCCAGCAGAGGGGGUGGAGUCAGCGAUAAAGAACAACAUUGAGGACGUGCGUCUGUUCCUGGAUUCGCGUCAUGCUGGCCACUAUGCUGUCUACAACCUCUCCAAACGAUCAUACAGGCCUUCUCGAUUCCACAACAGGGUUUCAGAGUGUAACUGGCAGGUGCGCCGUGCACCUAACCUCCGCAGUCUCUACAGUGUUUGUAAGAACAUGCAUCUAUGGCUCAAACAAGACCAGAGGAACAUCUGUAUAGUACACUGUCUGGAUGGCAGAGCGGCAUCAGCAGUGGCAGUUUGCUCCUUCCUGUGUUUUUGUCGACUUUUCACCACUGCUGAGGCUGCUGUCUACAUGUUCUCAAUGAAACGCUGCCCACCCGGCAUAGCACCCUCACACAAGAGGUAUAUAGAGUAUAUGUGUGACAUGAUGGCAGAGGAGCCCAUCAUCCCCCACAGCAAGCCCAUAAUAAUCCGCUCCAUCGUCAUGACACCUGUGCCGUUGUUCAACAAGCAGCGUAACGGGUGCAGGCCGUUCUGUGAGGUCUAUGUUGGAGACGAGAGAGUCCUCACCACAUCACAGGAGUAUGACAAGAUGAAGGAUUUUAAGAUGGAGGAUGGAAGAGCAGAGAUUCCCCUCAAUGUGACAGUUCAGGGAGAUGUACUGGUGGUGAUCUAUCAUGCAAGAUCUACACUCGGGGGACGUCUGCAGGCCAAGAUGGCGUCAAUGAAGAUGUUUCAGAUCCAGUUCCACACAGGCUUUGUCCCCAGAAAUGCAACCACUGUCAAGUUUGCCAAGUAUGACUUGGAUGCCUGUGACAUACAGGAGAAGUACCCAGAUUUGUUCCAGGUCAACUUGGACAUUGAGGUGGAACCCAGGGACAGACCCAGCACCAAGACCCCUCCUUGGGAGGGUUUCCAAACCAAGGGCCUCAACCCCAAAAUCCUUUUCUCCUCUCGUGAUGAACAGCAGGAAAUCCUCAGCAAAUUUGGUAAGCCUGAGCUGCCUCGACAGCCAGGUUCCUCAGCAUUUUAUGAUUCAGAGUCGCCCCAGCCGGCUCAGACCCCAGAAGACUCUAAUCCACCAGAACCAGACUCUCCUGGGAGCACUGAUGGCAACGCCAACAACUUCUUCCAGACACUAGAUUGGGAAGAUGUGCGUGGCCCUCAGGAUGCUUCAGACAGCCAAGGAGGGGGAUCCAUGAAUGAUCAGGAGGACCUGAGUGAUCAAUCAGAAGGAGAGUCCUUCUCUUAUUCUGCCCCCAGUGGGGAGGCACUGUCACGUGACCCCAGUGAACCGCUGUUUGAUGCUGACUUCCAGAGCCCCCCUCCCGCAGCCCAGGAAUCUCCUAUUGGGGAUACAGCUGACCUCUUGGGGUUGAAUUCUGACCCUCAACCUCCUUCCAUGUCCUCGACCUCCUCAUCUGCUCCUCAUCAAGGGGUCCAGGAAGGAAUGAAGGCUGCAUCCAGCAACAGUGACCUCCUCAACGACUUGUUUGCUCCCCCUGCUGGUCAGACAGUAGCAGUGCAGGAAGACUUGUUCUUCAGUGGGUCAACCAGCGGGGCCACACCCGACUCAAAGCCCAUGGGCGACCUUUUUGAUCCGUUUGGGAUGGGGUCCGGCUCUGGUGUUGGAUCCAGUGUAGGUUCAUCUAGGCAGGCCUCUGGACCGGACCUGUUUGGAGACUUGUUGGGUUCUGAUAGUUCAGCCACCAGCGGGUUCAGCUCAGCUCACAGUAACCCCACUCCUGCUUCCAACACGAGCCUCUUCAACCUCAAUAAGCUAGUGAAUGAUACCCCGAAGAUGACAUCAUCAGCCAGCCAGCCAGACCUAUUGGGUGGAUGGGACAGUUGGGCAGCUGGCAACACUGCUAGCAUUAGUGCCACUUCCAGCAAACCCAACUAUACCAACACAGCUUCUGGUGGGCCAUCUAUGUCAAAGGCCAAGUCUCAGACCUUUGAUCCUUUUGCUGACUUAGGAAACCUGGCAUCCAAUUUACCAGGUUCCUCUGGGCCGUCCUUUAGCACAAAGGCUCCUCCCUCCGCUGCUAAGCCUCAAGCCCAGCCUUGGCAGGCUGGAAGACCCACCUCAGCCCAGAACAAACCUUGGAUGCCUGGAUCAGGCUCCGGGUCCACACCCAAAGCACCCGCAGCAUCUCAGCCUGCAGGUGCACAGCCCACCAAACCUAACUACAACCUUAACUUCGCUAGUGUCAUUGGUGGGAGAGAGGAGAGAGGAGUCCGUGGGCCUGGAUUUGGCCCCAAGCCUAAGGUAAAGGAGGAUGAUUUUGAAGACCUGCUGUCGACUCAGGGUUUCGCCUCUAGGCCUGAUAGGAAGGGACCAAGGACCAUUGCUGAAAUGAGGAGACAGGAGAUCACAAAAGACAUCGACCCACUUAAACUACAGAUCUUGGACUGGAUUGAAGGGAAGGAGCGAAACAUCAGAGCACUGCUGUCAACUCUGAACACAGUGCUGUGGGAAGGUGAAACACGCUGGAAGCCUGUGGGUAUGGCUGAUCUGGUGACACCUGACCAGGUGAAGAAGUACUACAGGAAGGCUGUGCUCAUUGUCCAUCCAGAUAAGGCAACAGGCAAGCCUUAUGAACAUUACGCUAAGAUGAUCUUCAUGGAACUGAAUGAUGCCUGGUCAGAGUUCGAGAACCAGGGAUCCAAAGCACUCUUCUAAAACCCUGGUCUGGAUCCCAGCUAGACCAGACCAGACCAGACUGGACUGGAUUUGGCCUAACCAAACAAGGGUUAGACUGGGCCAGAUUGGACAGGACUGAGCCCACAUUGGGCCUUAGGGGCGCAGAGCCUCUGAGAGGUGUCCUCUCUUCCAUUCCCUUCACUCCCAUCGUCCUUCUGUACUUUCUUCUGUUUCUACAGUCAAGGAAAAAGACCUUUUGCCUCGUGUCUGGCUGUAGUGAAAAGUUCCUCACUGGUUAAUAAAGGGGCCAGUUAAAUAAACAUUGUGAUAGCUCUUAAACUCACUGCCUACCUGUACGACUGCCUGAGUGGUGCUGCAAACAUCAGGAGGGAGGAAUGGGUGACAAUCACAUGAAGAAGAGAAAAUGGAAAAGAAAUCAGAUAAUACAAGGACUUUUAAAAUUAUGAUGACAGUGGUGUUAAAUAAAAAGAUAAUAUGCCCCUACACUAAUAAAAUGAUGGUAAAUUUUGGCUGUGGCUGGUAAGUUUGUAAUCUGUGCCUGGCACUUUUGUAAACAGCCAGUCAUUUAGCAGACUGGUUUAAAAAAAAAAAAAAAAA